GGAAGUGAGGAAGACAAGUUUUCCGCUAGUGGAGAAUCUCCGACGAAAACAUUGAUGAAGUUGAACUUCAACAAAGAGCCAUUCAUUGUCAUCAGACCUGUCUGCAACAACAUGUUGACCAGCUCGGCAACCUCUCUCCCCGUUGUAUCGGUCAUCAAAGACAAGACAUUUAUUCAUUCCAAAUUUAAAAAAUCAACCGAGGCUGUUAAUGCAACCAAAGUGAAUAAUCUUAGUCCAAAGAAAAUUAAUAACCAGUCCGAUGUAAAUAUAAUUGAAUCUAGUCAGUUAGGUGAAGGUUUAAAAAACAAAAUUGAAGUCAAGGAGGAUUUAAUUAACGUUGUUGAAAAAGACAGCCUUGGAUUAUCUAUGGAUCAUUCAAUAUCAGGUGUGACUAAACUUUCAAAUAAAAUGUCUACAGAGAAUACAAACUCAAACUUGGAAAACACUGAGAUGUUGCAAGAUGAUGUUAUAGUGGUUAAAGAAGUGAUUAACUGUGCCACAUCGCACCGGAUAAAGCUAAACGGGAAUAGUAAUACCACUGCCAACACAGCAAGUAUUUUUCCCACUGAUUCGUUCGUUGGCAAUCCUCUUCCAACAUCAAGUUUAGCGUCUUGUUAUACAGGUGAAAGUGCAUUUGUUCUGUCAAAAAGUGAAUUUUCAGAUUUGGUCGCGACGCCAUUAACGCCAUCGUUGCCAACUAUGAUGCCAUUGUCAUUCUCUGUGUCUUUGUAUAAUUCGUUACCGACGAGCACAACAACAUUAACAUCAUCAACAACGACGACGCCCAUGUUUCCGUCACUUCUUAACUCAACUUCCGUUCUACUGAAUCAGCAAAAGUCGACACUUCUUGAAACUUCGCAAAUAGCAUCUGAAAAGGGUUACACUGAAUUAGUAAAGUCUGAAAAUUCAAAGGCGCCAAAAUAUUCGCGUUUAUUUCCUCAAAAUGAAGAAAUGAUUUUGAAAAAGAUUUCCGCUAGUAAAACAACAAAUUCAACGCAGCUUAAUGCUAACGCCAAUGAGCUGUCAUCUACGUGGUCCAACCAGUUUAUAAAAUGUACUUCCAUCAGUAACGAUGACGAUUCGCCAACUGACUUGUCAAUGAAAACGAUGAAAAAGUUAGAGGAAGAGAGUUUGUUGAAAAUGAUGCUACAUUUGGAGCAAUCUGAACCUUUGGAUCUUUCUAAAAAAGUUCCGAAAGAAGAAUAUAAUUGUGGUUUCGCGAAUGUCUCCAAAGACUGCCAACAACAACAGCCGCUAGAUCUCACGAAGACACCCAGACAACCCGACAAGGACUUUAAGCCAAAUGUGACUCUGCCGAUGAAUCUGACGCAUCUGUUGCCUCUUGCGUUUGCCAUGCCUUUCAGUUCCAGUCUGCAAGUCAGUCCUCGUCAGAUAUUGUCACCAAUCCAGCAGAACAUCAACAUGAUUUACAAUCCAGGAUCUAUCAACUUCCCGAUCCUGUCAUUCAACCCAACAUCGAGUUGUGCAUCAGUCAAACCUUAGUUUUGUGUUUUUUCUAAAGACGGAUGAUUAUGUUUUUAUUGUUAGAAAUUUUUCAGAACUUUUCAAAUUUGCUUGUGUGAAAUGUGUCGGUGUUGAGCAUUUUGUCAACUGUAACAAUCGAGUAUUCAAUAAAUGAAACUUCUCUUGGUUAAAUAGGACGAUUCACUCCACUUUAUGUUUUGUUAGGAAUUCGUUUCUUUUUGUUAACGUAGAAUAAAAGAUAUCAUGAUUUUGAAAUAAAAAUGUUUCGCAAUUGACGUUUAUCAAAAUCAUUUCAUUAGAAAAACUUUUUAAAAUUGUGUAAAUAAUAAAAUAAGUUUCCGAAAACAA